AUGGCCAGUCCCCUGAUGGCUGGGCAGCUGGCCGAUCUGCCGGGGAAAUAUCCAGACAGAUUUGGCAAUAACGCAUUUCUAAAGGCAUGGCCAUAUUCACCACCGGCAAUCCUUAGUGGAGGCAUCAUGCUUUUAGCCUUGCUCGCCGUUUUCUUAUUCUUGGAAGAGACCCUAGAACCCCUGAAAGAUAGAUACGAUCCUGGCGUCGCCUUCACCAGAAGGGUUCGCUCGCUAUUGUUCGGAACUAAAAUUUCGACAGCGACUAGAUCAACCCACGAGGAGGCCACCGACGAAGAAAUGUCACACAUGAUCGCGGACGAUUCGGAUCCAUGUGAGAGGGAUUCCGAGGAGCAAAAGUCACGGAUGAAGGCAGUUAAGACGACUCCUAUCAUUCUGCCGACGAAGCGCAUGUUCACGAGAAAUAUGUGUCUCACGCUUGUAUCCUACGCGAUCCAAGAAUAUCAUAUCACGACGUACAACACACUAUGGACGAGUUUCCUGAGCGACCCGGUUGACAAAGACGGCAGACAGAGGCUUCCGUUUCUCUUCUCUGGCGGAGCUGGCAUGAAGCCAGAUCAAAUCAUGUGGUCUCUUUUCAUCGUCGGAAUGAUGGGAUUGCCCACACAGCUGUUCAUCUAUCCCCGUAUCAGUCGUCGCCUCGGCACUCUGAAGAUGUGGCGCAAACUCAUGCUUGGAAUGCCUCUCCUGUAUUUCAUCUUACCCUACAUUGCGGCUAUGCCUUCGACUACUCCGCCACCUGCUGGCAAAACUGGGUUCAUGGUGUGGUUCCUGAUCAUUCUGGUCCAAAUCAUGAUGGUGGGGACGUCCACUUUUGUCGUGCCUGCGCAAUUGGUACUGACCAACCUGUCUUCGCCACAUCCAUCUGCUCUAGCACGGACUCAUAGCAGCGCAUUCUUGCUAUCUGGUUUGAUUAGGUCCGCAACUUCAUCCAUAGCGGGGAUCGUGUAUAGCUACGGGUCGUCCCAUAAUAUUACUGGCCUGGUAUGGUGGAUUGCAAGUGGUGUAGCAGUCCUCGGAGUUCUGAAUAGUCGCAUCGUGAACGAAGGAAACGGCCACGAAAUUUGGUUAAGUGGCGACACUGAGUAA